AUGAAUUAUAUUUUUUCCGGAAAAGUUUCAAACAAUUAUAAUCUCUCCCUUGUUUCAAUUCUAUUUAAUUUAAAGGCAAUAACAUUAGCAACAACUUCACUUCUUUUAUUAAUUUAUUUUUCAAAAAAUUUAAUUAAUUUAAAUUAUUCAAAAACAAAUGUAACACCUUUAUUAAUUAAUUUUUCCUUUUUGAGUUGUUAUGGUGAUGAACAUGGAAUGAUUGAAGAUGCUUUUGACAUGUGGCAAUUAUUCCAUGAUGUAGCCCAGUUUCGAUUUAUUCCAACAAAUUCAUCGAUUAUCCAAACAUGUUUUCCACAAAUUGAAGGAUUUCGAACAAAUAUAAAAAUUUCAAUACCUUUGCCUUCCGAAAAAAUUGUAGAAUUACCCAAAGGAAUGUCAAAAGGGGAAUGGUUUUGUCCGAAAAUUAUUUACUGGAAUUUGGGUGUAAAUCAUGAAGCAUCAUUAGCAGCAAGUUCUGUUGGAGGGGGAAAUAAUUCUUUAGAAGAAAUGAUUAAUAGAACAGCAUUAAAACAAUUAGAUGAAUAUAUUUCUAUUUUAUUGUUAACUUCAAGUAUGGAUUUAAAUUGUGUUGAAGCAGUUAAUAGAUUAAUGGGUGAUCUUAGAGAAACGGUUUCAAUAAAUGCUUCAAAAAAGAAUUUGACAAUAUUUAAGCUUGUAAUGGAAAUUACUCGAAUUUUGUCUGGUAUUUCUAUUUUAUCCUGUCAAAGUGGAAAGGAUCGGACUUCAAUGGCUUUGACUUUAGAGGAGGGGAGGAUUUUGAAGGAAACUUGUGGAAUUUCUAAUCAACAGAUGCUGGAAAUAAUUUCUUGUUUACGCAAAGAAGGUGUUAGACGUGAAAAUUGUCGAAAAAAUGUUGGAAAGCCUCUAUACAAAUUUAGCCCUUUUCAAAUGAAUUUUUUACCAAAAGAAUUUAGACCUCCUAUGGGUACUUUUACUAAUUUUGUUUCUACUUAG